GGACGGUCGAGUCGCGUUAUUCUUUCCAAUAUUGUUUUCUUUAACAAUGGGCGCAGGAAAGAGUCAAUUUACGGAAGACGAAUUACAGAACUAUCAGGAUCUCACAUAUUUCACUAAAAAGGAAGUUCUAUACGCUCACCAGAAGUUCAAAGCCCUCGCUCCAGAAAAAGUAGGACACAAUAGAAAUGCUAAGUUGCCGAUGUCAAAACUACUUCAAUAUCCUGAACUUCACGUCAAUCCAUUUGGCGAUCGCAUCUGCAAGGUGUUCAGUUCCAGUGAGGAUGGAGAUUGCACGUUUGAAGACUUCCUUGAUAUGAUGUCCGUAUUCAGUGAUGCCGCGCCGAAAGCUGUUAAAGCCGAACAUGCUUUCAGAAUAUUUGAUUUUGAUGGUGACGACAUGUUGGGUAUAAGUGAUCUCCGGCAAAUUGUGGAUAGAUUAACCUCCCCCAAUCGACUUGGAGAGACUGAGAUGCAAAGACUUAUUCAAUAUUUGCUCGAAGAAGCAGACUUGGAUGACGAUGGAGCUUUAAGUUUUGCAGAAUUUGAACACAUCAUAGAAAAAAGCAGCGACUUUUCCAAAACUUUCCGCAUACGGUUAUAAAGAUCACGAGGCUUGGCUUUAAAAAUGAAAGGAUAAAUCAUGAUCGACCAAGAUUAGAACUAAGAAAGUACGUUUAAUCGAUGGGGCAGAUUUGCAUAUGUAUUUGGACACAACG